CACUGAUCCAGCACUCCCGUGAGUAUAUGGACAGGAGCUCCCUGCUGCGGCUCAUCCAGGGGCAGCUUGACCCAGAGAACACGGGCUUUGUUUGCGCAGAAACCUUUGCCACCCUGGUGAACAAUCAUGAGCUGCCCCUGGACCCUGCCAAGCUGGAGAUGUUAUUUGCCCUUUCCCAGGGCAACGAAGAGGGGCAGAUCUGUUACCCUCAGCUGGUGGACCUAAUCAGCAGUAAGAGGUCCAGCAGUUUCCGACGGGCCAUCAACAAUGGCCAACGCGCACUUCCAAGGGAUGUCCUCCUCGACCAGGCCGGGCUGGGCGUCUACAAGAGAUUUGUCCGCUAUGUGGCCUAUGAGAUCCUGCCCGGGGAGAUGGAGAGGCGGUGGUACUUCUACCAGCACCGACCGUUCCCACCACCCUUCUUCAUGGCAGCUGUGACGCUGACCCAGAUCAUCAUUUUCCUGUGUUACGGGGUCAAACUGAACAAAUGGGUUUUACAGACGUACCACCCUGAAUAUAUGAAGAGCCCCCUGGUCUACCAUCCGGGGCACCGGGCACGCGCCUGGCGGUUCCUCACCUACAUGUUCAUGCAUGUCGGGCUGGAGCAGCUGGGAUUUAACACUCUGUUGCAGCUGAUGAUCGGAGUGCCCCUGGAGAUGGUCCACGGAGUCCUGAGAAUUAGUUCCUUGUAUCUCGCCGGAGUGCUGGCCGGGUCCUUGGCAGUUUCGGUGACGGAUAUGAGAGCGCCGUUGGUCGGUGGUUCGGGCGGCGUGUACGCCCUGUGCUCUGCGCAUCUCGCCAACGUCGUCAUGAACUGGGCCGGCAUGCGCUGUCCGUACAAGGUGCUCCGAAUGGUUCUUGCAUUGGUCUGCAUGAGCUCCGAGGUGGGCCGCGCCGUCUGGCUCCGCUUCUCUCCUCCGUUACCCGCCGCCGGCCCUCAGCCCAGUUUCAUGGCCCACCUCGCUGGCGCGGCGGUCGGGGUCAGCAUGGGGUUGACCAUCUUGCGAAGCUACGAAGAGAACCUCCAGGACCAGUGCGGCUGGUGGGUGAUCCUCCUGUGCUACGCCACCUUCCUCGCCUUCGCCAUCUUCUGGAAUGUUUUUGCUUACGACCUUCUCGGUGUGCAGAUCCCGCAUCCCCCGUGACCUUUGAACCCUCUACGCGUCACGUCCUCGAGGUUAUCCCCCCCCCCGGUGCUGGA